AAAAAAAAAGCACUACAGUGCAGGAGCUCAAACAGGAAGUACCAGUGACUCGCUCCAUUGAGAAAAUAAAUGGUCAUCAAAAUCAGAGAUUAUGCUACAGGACUGCUUUUUUUUUUAGCGCUGAUUGGAUUAUGUUUUGAGACUCCGACCGAUUACAUCACCGUCACCAGCUUCGUUAGGAAAUGCAUCGGCAACGUUAUCCCCACAUUGAAGAUUCGAUGCUUCCCCAAUUAAAAAACCCUGGAUUAACCCCGAGGUUGGUGCUAGACUAAAGGACAGGGCUAUCGCAGACAACCCUAAGGUUAUGACUGAGGGCAGGAACAAGUAUAAGAAGUCCCGCUACGACCUUCGCAGAGUCCUCAAACGAGUAAAAGGACCAUAUAGGAAUAAAGUGGAAUCAUAUUACACAGGCUUCUAUGCCCACCACCUGUAACAGGAGCUUCAGUACAUUACGGAUUACAAAGGAAAACCCAGCCGUGAUCUGCCAGACGAACUCAAUGCAUUUUAUGCACACUUCGACGAUAAAAACGCUAUGCGUGAGGGCCCCCACCGACCCGGAGGACUGGAUGUUCUCGCUCUCCAAGGUCGACGUGAUAAGGUUCAGGUCAGAGACAGUUGCAGCCUUCAUCGCUGUGGUGGGCAUCCUCUCCAUUGUGGCUCAGACGUUGGUUCUCGGGAUCCUGAUGCGCUCCAUAGCGAAUAAGAACACCAUCCUACUGGGCCUGGGCUUCCAGAUAUUACAGCUGGCCUGGAUGACGUGGGCAGCAGGAGCGGUAGCGGCCAUGUCUAGCAUCACCUUCCCAGUUAUUAGUGCCAUCCUGUCUCGCAAUGCAGACUCAGACCAGCAGGAUGUGGUCCAGGGGAUGAUAACAGGUAUCCGUGGUCUGUGUAACUGUCUGGGCCCAGCAUUCUAUGGUUUCAUCUUCUAUCUGUUCCACAUGGAGCUGACUGAUCUGGAUGCAGUAGACAGCCCUGGGAAAGAACCCAAGCCCAAAAUGGCCAACCCCACAGACGAGAGUUCCAUCAUCCCCGGCCCUCCCUUCCUGUUUGGGGCGUGCUCCGUACUACUCUCUUUGUUAGUAGCCCUCUUCAUCCCAGAGUACGGUGGCCCGGGGGUCCGACCAGGAGGCUACAAGAAAUACAGCAGCGUAGCCCAGAGCCACUCACACAGCCCUCCCAGUAGCGGGGCAGAGGGCAAGGAGCCACUACUUGAUGACAGUUGUGUAUAACACCAGCCCGAUGGCAUUAACAAACCACACCUGAACAAACAAGUUAACCGUUACAAACAAACUGUUCUAUAUAUAUUCACACGCUCUUGCACACACAUAUCCAGAUAAGAGAGUGGCUUCUUCUGUGAGCCGAGAAGGUGUGUGUGUGUGUGUGUGUGUUGGAGAACCUUGUGGGCUGUCCUCUGAAGUCUGAACACCUGAGUGUGGUGUAAGGAGUUUCCGAAGGCCCUGAGAGAGGGAGGAAGAAGAUGGAGGGAAGAGAGAGAGGGGAUGGGUAGCGCUGGGGACAGGUAUGUGUUGUGUUGGGAGAAACUUGGUUGAGCUGAUCUCUGUCCUGAGAAGCAGUAACAGGAAGAGGAUUAAGGAGGAUGUGAUGUACAGGCUUGGCUUGUACUGCCAUAGAUCCACUACGGCUCUGUUCAAAAGAAGUGCACAAUAUAGGGAAUGUGGUGGCAUUUGCAAUUUAACUGAUGAUUAUAUUUCCUUUGUAGGCAAGAAGCCCAAUCUGUGGCAACAACCACAGUGUUCUUUGUCCAAAGAGAGUAAGUCAACAAUGAUAACAGUAGCCACAGCUCGAGCUCUACUCUAAUGGCCAAUUUACAAGCUAACAAACUUUUGCUGUGACUUGUCUGAUUUUAUGUCUUAAUACGUAAGAACGGAAAGCAUGUCUGCCUCAGUGUGUGUCUAGCUGGGAGAGAAGCUACUGGAUGCGUCCCAAAUGGCACCCUAUUCCCUUUAUAGUGCACAACCUUUGACAAAAUGUAGUGCACUAUAAAGGAAUUUGGGAUGCAGACAAUGUAGAACAUGAGGAGAGUGGAACAUCUUUAGAUCCAUCUAAGAGGUGCUAACUAUCCAUUGAGACAGUGCAGGCUUAACCCUAUAAUGUUUUUAUAGGACAGUUUCCUGAGAGAAGUGUGUAUGAGAGAGACCAUUUUAUUAGUCAGAGAAGUUUUUCAAUGUUUACCUAUCUGCCAUACAUUAGCAUACCAGACAGACAGUAUGGUUCCAGGAUGCUGGCCUUCUAGCCAGUUGCAAAGAAAAAGCCAUAUCUCAGACUGGCCAAUAAAAAUAAAAGAUGGGCAAAAGAACACAGACACUGGACAGAAGGAAGAUUGGAAAGAAGUGUUAUGGACAGACAAAUCUACGUUUGGUGUUCGGAUCAGAAAGAAGA